UUCACCAUCUCAUCUCGUCUCGUCUCAUCCCAUCCUCAACUCCAUCGAGCGCGAAGAAGAGAGAACAGAGAAGCAGGCGAAAGAGCUCAGGCAUGGGCGGCUUCGCGAUCGGGAGCUCCGUCUCCCUGCGUUCUUCUCUCCGUCAACCCCCCUUCCUCGCCCCUUCCCCGUCUCGUCGUCAGCCCCUCCUCUCCACCCCGAGGAACCUCCCCGGGGCGAGGAGGAGGAGGGGGAGGAGGAGCUCGGCGGCGUGCUGCUCCUCGCGCGAGGAGAGCUCGGGCGAGGGCGCCGUUUCUCGCGGCAGGAGGGCGAUCCUCUUCGUCGGCGUCUCGGUGCUCCCGCUCCUGCGCCUGGGCGCCCAGGCGCUCGAGGCCGAGGAAACCGAUAAAAUCGAGGUAAGGACUACUCCAGAAAAUCAGAAAGCAGAGGAAACAAAUCCUUUCUCUCUCCUGAAUGGACUAGGAAUAUUCAGUUCAGGUGUGCUUGGUUCUCUCUAUGCACUGGGCCGGAAAGAUAAGGCAGCUGCGGAUGCCACAAUAGAAUCUAUGAGGACCAUGUUGAAAGACAAGGAAGCUGCAAUUGUUUCCUUGGAGAAAAACUUUGAAGCAAAGCUAUUGAAUGAACGAGAAGAACGGACCAGCGCUGUGAAAAAGGUCAAGGAAGAACAGCAGUCUCUGAUGAAUCAGCUGAACUCUGCGAACUCAACAAUUGCAGGGCUAGGAAAGGAGCUGAAGGGUGAAAGAUUGAUCGAGGAGAUGAACGUUCAAAAAGAUAGUCUUCAAACAAGGCUUUCAAAGAAUGAGGAGGAUAAAAGAUCACUUGAAGAAACUUUGAAAGAGAAGCUUGACUCAAUUAAACUGUUAGAAGAAAGAAUAAACUUGCUGAGCUUAGAGCUGAAGGAAAAGGAAGACCACCUUCAAGGUCUCAGGUCCUCUCUCACUGCGAAGGAAUCAGAGUUGGAAGAUGUGACUUCUAUUUCCAGUAAAACUAAGGAUGAUUUAGCCAAAGCACAGUUGGAGAUCAAAGCGUUGAAAGAUACCCUUCUGGAGAAUCAGAAAGAGCUAGAUUUGAAGAACUCUGCCAUUGGUGAACUGAAUGCGAGAAUAAAUUCUAUAGUAGUGGAGAAGGACAAUCUUGGGAGGAAGCUGGAUUUGGUACAAGAGGAAUAUAAUGAUCUGAAGUCUUCGUAUGAACAAAAGUCAGCUUUGGAUGCUAAGCUUUUGGAAGAGAGACAAAAUGAAAUUCACCGGCUCAAUGAACAACUUGAGCUUUCUAACGGUAAGGUUGCUGAAAAACAGAAGAUGAUUUCCAGUUUGACAAAUGAAAGGAAUGAUCUGGAGAAAAAACUGGAUGUAGAGGUUAGCACCGUAGAGAAUCUGAAACAUGAACUUGGUACUGCUCAGGAUUUGCUGGAUGAGUCAAGAAAAGAAGCUUCUAAUUUGUCAAAGGAACUACAGUCUUUAAAGAACUUAUAUUCAGAACUUCAGGCUGAAAUAUCUCAGACUAAAGCUGAGUAUACCAAGGAAAAAAAAUCACUGCAGAGGAGCCUCAAUGAGGCUGAACAGAAGAAAGAAGUUGUCGCUACUGAGCUUGCUUCCGAAAAGGAAAGUUUGAGCAAAACAAUGGCCGAGCUUCACACUGUGUCUGAGGAACUGGCGUCUUUGGUUGAAAAUCGCAAUGACCUGAAGAAAGAAUUGGUUGAUGCCUAUAAAAUGGCGGAAUCUUCAGCAAAUGAUUUAAAAGAAGAAAAAAAUACGGUCACUUCCUUGAAGAAGGAGGUACAAGUUUUAGAAAAGCAACUUCUGAAGGACAAGGAAGCACAGGAGUCCCUCAAGACUGAAUUGGAGGAAGCCAUAAAAUCACUUGAUCAACUGAACCGAAACGCAUUAACUCUCUCGAGGGAUCUAGACAAAGCUAAUUCUCAGAUUUCUACGCUUGAGAAUGAGAGAGAGGUGCUCUACAGAUCCCUGACUGAACAAAAGAAAGCAUCCAAAGAGGCCCAGGAAAACCUGGAAGACGCUCAUAACCUCGUAAUGAGGCUUGGAAAGGAGAGAGAGAGCUUGGACAAGAGAUCCAAGAAGCUCGAGGAAGAUUUGGCAUCGGCCAAGGGCGAGAUACUGCGGUUGAGGAAUGAAAUGAAUUCAACAAAAGUCACUGUGAACGAUAAGCAACCCAAGAAAGAUGAAGCCGAGGGCGAAGUCACCGUUAGUGCAAAGAGAAGUGGCAGGAGAAGAAAAGGUGCUUCUCAAUGAGAUCAAGGGUACUCCAGAUGAUAGACUAAUAAUAUUGCUAAAGAUUCUUUCUCAUGGUUCUGCUAAUAUUUUUGUGGCAAUAUAGUUCCAUGUGGACCUUCUUCGAGUGGGAAUUUUACCCUGUUCCACUCUACAUGUAAUGUCACUAUGUAAAUUGUCCUUUGACACUCACUUCUCUUUGUCUAUUGCGGGCUUCUACCUGUGCUCA